UACUAGAAGAAGCGCGCAACGCCACAGAAAGCGCUGUCGUUUUACUUUAAACCUAAUAACCAGUAAACGAUGUCGUUUGGCAUUUGGCGGUGCUACAAAACUAGGCUAAAAUAAAAGCAAAAAGAUUCAAGUACAAAUGCAAUGCGAGAGUAUCGUUGAUUCUUGAUUACUGAAUCUGGCAAACAUUCUCUCUUCAUCGAAUGAAGAGACUAGGACUUGAAGGCGAAGGUCCUGCUAUUAAGGCUCUCGGUUCUCUCUUUAAGCUCACUGAAGUAUACUUAUGGGAUGAUGGUUGGGGGGAGACGUCAGAAACUGAAGGCUAUAAAUUGCAGCAAGAUGUUAAUGUUGCCUGCUCCACCAUAGUUUCUACGGAUAGUGAAUUUAACUCUUUAGCAGAGGAUGUAGAAUUGGCUGCACAGAUGAACGAACUGGGUCUUCCCUUUUCCUUCCAAACUAACAAGGAGAGGAGGAAUGGAAUGACCAGUGGCAAAAGGAAGGGUUCACAUAUGAAACAUUCUCAGAGCCAUAAAGAAACGAUGGAAGAAAUGCUAGAGUAUUCCAAAGUGAGUGAGCAGGAGAUGAUAUUUCCUACUAAUUUUCAUGAUACCAAAGGGAAAUCUUUAUGUUGCAUGUCAAUGCUGGGCCAAAGUGAAUCAUCUCAUUAUGAUGUUGCAGUGGAUGGCAGUGAAUCUCAAUGCCCCAUCAGAGAAGAUUCAUCAACAAGUUCAGGUAGAAUUUCUCGUUCUGUUGUCAAGAAACAAGUCUGUGAUGGAAUAUCUAAUGUUGUAUUGAAUAAUUAUGAGAACUAUGAUAUCAGAAUACAUGGUGAUCUUAUGUCAAAGGAUGGCAUGAAAAUUGUGGUGAGUUCAGCUCCUGUGGAAGCUAAACAUGUACCAGAGAGUAGUUUGACAGAUGCAAGAAAUGAAAACUCUUGUAAAGAACUUUGUGGACAUCUCAUGGAGUAUGACUGUUUAGAAGUAUCUUCAGUGGCUAUUUGUGGUAAAGAAGGCCAUAAAUUUUGCAUCAAUAACUUUAUUGAGCAGACACAGGCACCGGAAUUAGUUGUACAUUCUUCAAGGUUAGAAGUGGUCAACCAGGAGGAAAUUGACAUUUGUAGUAGUAAUGGUGAUUUUGCAGAUUGGAAGGUGUAUUGGGACUCUUUCUACCGUAGAAACUACUUCUACAACAUCAAAACACAUGCUUCUACUUGGGACGCUCCCCCAAGAAUGGAACAUCUACUCUUUGUUGACACUUGUGAUAAGUCCAAUGAAAUGACUGCUGAAAUGACCAAAACAGUUGUUGCCCCUUCGAUUUCUUAUGUCUUCUCUGAAUCAUCAGAUUUAUGUGUUUUGGGGAAUGAUGCUGAAUCAUUUGAUGAAUCUUUAAAUGAUGGUGGAUUAGUAGAUCAGCCACUUGACAAGGUUCCACAAGAAAGUGUAUGUGCUGUUUACCACUCUGUGUCUGGCAUUUGUUUGCCUUCCUGUAGCAGAAGUUUGGACCAUGUGGAUGGAAUUACUGGGAUAGGUAGAAGUCACAGUGAUUUCUUAAGCUUUGCAUCUAAUAACGAGGAGCGUGGCAACAGCCAGGAAACCAGUGUCGAGCAACUGGCUUUUGAUGAGUUGAACAACAGUGAGUUGCAGCUGCCAUCCAUAGACAAUUCUGGUGAAAUUGAGGGAAUUGAGCUCUUAGAUGAACUUGAUACCAACAAGGAAUGCAAAUAUGAAAUGGCCUUUCAGGUAUCAAAUGAUACCAGCUUUACCAGUCAACUCAUCGAAGCGGUGGAAGAGCAAGACGAUAUGUGUCUAGAAUCUGUGUUUGAUGCAAAAGAUAGAUUGGAUUUCCAACUUGACUCUGGCAGAACCAAACAGAAAAAGAAAGCUAGAAGAAGGCGUGCAAGUAGGAAAUUGUCCCAAAAAAUUGGAGAGGUUCAACUUGAAGGGAUGAGUGAACAGCUACCUGCUAAUAUUGGCAAAUACUGGUGUCAAAGGUACCUACUGUUUUCCAAAUUUGAUGAUGGUAUAAAAAUGGAUGAGGAAGGCUGGUUUUCUGUCACAUCAGAAGCCAUAGCUAAGCAUCAUGCAGUCCGUUGUGGUUAUGGAAUUGUAGUUGACUGUUUUACUGGAGUUGGUGGGAAUACCAUCCAAUUUGCUAUGAGGAGCAAACAUGUUAUUGCUGUUGAUAUUGAUCCGAUGAAAAUUGAUUAUGCAUAUCACAAUGCAAACAUCUAUGGAGUUGUCAACCAAAUAGAUUUCAUAGUGGGGGACUUUUUCCUUUUGGCACCAACAUUGAAGGCAGACACUGUCUUUCUGUCACCUCCUUGGGGAGGUCCUGACUAUGCUAAAGUGAAAACUUAUGACAUCCAGACAAUGCUUAAGCCAAAGGAUGGAUAUUUUCUCUUCAACCGCGCAAAGGAAAUUGCUUCAACAAUUGUUAUGUUUCUUCCAAGAAAUGUUGAUCUCAAUCAAUUGGCUGAGUUGGCUUUAUCAACUGUUCCUUCAUGGUCAUUAGAGGUUGAGAAGAACUAUCUGAAUGGCAAGCUGAAGGCAAUAACUGCUUACUUCAUACGGCACUUAGAUGAGAAUAAAUGAGCUCGGCUCAGGUGGGGUAAUCAAGAAAGGAGCAUUGCGGAACUGAGGUCAGCAUGUUGUGAUUUGACGCAAUACUUCUACAAUUUGUGUGUUAAAGCUUUCAUGUACAGUUUUAGAAAUCUAUUCAAUAUUUAUCUUAUGAGUUUUGUGUGUAAAUUUUGAUUAUUCAAUUGAGUAUAUAACUAAUGUGUUAUUUGUGAUUGUGUAUUACUUUAUCUUUAAUUCAAAAUUAUUCAUUCACAUGUGGGGGCACAUAGUUUUAUUGUUAUCUUACUUUUGGUUUCAUCUGCCUAAGUCAUGGGGAAAUGUUCACUCUUUGUUAAUGGUGUUCUAUCCCACAACCUUUUUUCGGUUUUAUAACAAUUCCUUCCUUACAUGUACAUGUGUUAAAAUUAGUUGCUGAAAGAAAUCCGUUUGAAGAAUAGCAAAGUCUCCUAAAUGGGUUUCUGAUUCUGUAGGCUGAAAUCAGUACCAAUUAGUUGGACUGAAAUGUGUUUGCAGAGCUACUAAAACUACAAGUUGUGGUCGUCCAACCACUUUAACUAACAGCUUUUAAGUUCAUCUGUGUGUUGCUCAUCUUGGGAACAGAGUCUUAAGUGGUUCAUUUCAUUACAAAUUAUACGGGAAGAAAUAAUUUAUAAAUCUUAAAUACACUUAAAAAUGGUGUCGGCUGGAGGAAGGCCUAGUGAAGUUGGUUGGGAGAAGGGCUCUUAGGCCAGGGAUGCGGUGUGCCAAAUAAUGAGCUUGCGGCGUGUAAAGUGAGCAUGUUUAUUCUUGUAAAUCAGUUAAUAAUCAAGAGUGCAACUGGAGUGGGUGACGCAUGAUGAAAGUUGGGACAAAGUACAUUUUUCAUGUUUCUAAUUCAACUAUUUGAACUUUGAUUUCGCCAA